UUAAGUUAAUUUGUUUUAGCUGAGUUUUUAUUGAGAAAGAGGAAGAGAGGAAACACAAAAUUAGGGCAAAAUUGCGUGCGAUAUCUUUUUUUUUUUUGGUUUUCACAGCGUCUUUGAUGUGUUUCACUUUUCGUCUUCUUCAUCGUGUUCCUCUUUGAUUAGCGGCUUUGUAGUGUUGGUUUGCAAAUAAUCUUUUGGAUGAAGGAACCUUUACAGAAGAAGAAGGUGGUCGUUCGCCACUUGCCCCCUUCUCUUUCUCAGUCCGAUCUCUUGUCCCAGAUUGAUCCUCGUUUCGGUGAUCGUUACAAUUGGGUUUCGUUUCGUCCCGGGAAGUCCAGCUUUAGGAAUCAGAAGUGUUCACGGGCCUACGUAGCUUUCAAGGCACCAGAAGAUGUUUAUGAGUUCGCUGCAUUUUUCAACGGGCAUGUGUUUGUUAAUGAAAAGGGUGCUCAGUUUAAGGCUAUAGUUGAAUAUGCACCUUCACAGCGUGUGCCUAAACCGUGUGACAAGAAAGAUCCUCGUGAAGGGUCUAUUAGCAAAGACCCUGAUUAUCUGGAAUUCCUUAAAGUGAUUGCUCAACCUGUUGAGAAUCUCCCUAGUGCUGAGAUCCAGUUGGAAAGAAGAGAAGCUGAGCAGUCUGGUGCUGCUAAAGCGGCUCCCAUUGUUACCCCUCUUAUGGAAUUCAUACGUCAAAAACGUGCUACUGUGAUGGGAUCCCAGGGUUUAUCAGAUGUCCGAAGAGGAGGUAGAAGAGCCAGAGCAGUCUCUGCUAACAAGCCAAGUCCAAGGCCCUCCAAACGAAACAUUGAAAAGAAAAAGUAUGUGGAAAAAGAAAGCUCAAAAAAUGUUUCCCGGAAGGUUGCAUUAGAUGUUGGCAGCUCUAAGCAAGAAUAUCAUCAGCAGAAUACAAGUGGAAAGGAAAUACCAGAAAAGGAUAGUGCCUCUGUCCUAGAUAGUUCUCUCCCAGGGAUUGCAUUGACUAUGGAUUCUGGGAAGAAAAAGAUUUUGCUCCUGAAACCGAAAGACCGAGACAAUCCUGAUAACCCUCCACCACAACAAGAACAGCAUAGAGAAACCAAUCUUUCUGGAAACUUCACGGCUUCAAGACAAAAUCAGAAAAUUGAUGUUGGAGGGAGGUUGAUCAAGGGAAUUCUUCUGAGAAGUGACCCAAGACCGAGCCAGUCUUCAACUUUUGUCCAGCCUGAGCAAAGAAUGGAACCCUCGGAAGCAGAAACCUACAAACGACCCCCUCGGUCAGCCAACACUCGAGCAGGGAAAGAUUAUUCUGUUACCAACAGUGAGAAACAAGAGAGGCGUACAAGAAACAAGGACAGACCUGAUCGUGCUGUGUGGGCUCCUCUUCGUCGUGAUGGGUCCAAUAUCAGCGAGGAUCUACCGCUAUCCUCAGCAGCAAACAAUGGUGAAGUGAAAGAAAGAAUAUACUCUCAAAGAUCUGGAGAAGUGAUGAACUCGUCUGGUGGACACACUCUCGAGAAUGGUUCUACUAGACAUUCUAGUCGUCGUGUUGGAGGUCGCAAUAGAAAAGAAGACGUGAUUACUGGUGAGGGUAAAUCAUCCCGGAGAGGAGGUGGUGGUGGUUCUAAUUCACAUGAGGCAAGCUACCAAAGCCUUUUACUACAUCUUAAAAUAUGCACCAGCAAUGGCUAUCUCCAUUAUUUCUGGUCUCACACUAUAUAA